AUGAUUGUUUUUUGCUGUUUCGCACUACUCAUUACAAUCUGUAAGAGGCCGGACAAAGAAUAAACAAAAGUUUAGGUUGUGCGUUGCAUUGUCCGCGCAACGUUCCGUACUUUUCGACCGCUGCUUGUGUUCCAAAUCCAAGUUUGAGUCAGCCCAGGUGUCCGCAUGGGUAUAGAUGUAGGCCGGCGAAGGAAUCGGCGGACUCCAAGGAUGUGUUCUUCAUUUGUUGUGAUUCCAGCGAUAUGCAAGUGGCAGAUUGUAAGAGAAAACCUUUUUGGGCCCAAAAAUUAACAAAAAAUUUGAAAUUUUUGGAAAAAAUGGGUAAAAAAUACAGUAAUCCCUCAAAAAAAUUUUUUCAUUAGGCCUUAUAUUCUUUAUAAAAUACGCUGUCUAAUUUUGAUUUUUCAAAAAAUAUAAAAAAUGCAUUAUUUUAGACUUCCUUGAGGCCCAAAUUUCCCCUCAAUUCGUCCCUCAAAUACCCUUUACAAUCCUACGAUCUGCGGUGUUGUUGGAUCAGAAAUCAGGUCAACGAGUGAUUGUCGAGGAGUUUGACGGAGAAAUCUCGGGAGCGGACCGAGUUGUAAACGAUUCUGCAAGUUACGACCGAUUGGAUUUUGUCCAAUUCGAAAGGGAAAUUGACCCAAAUGCUGGGAGAUUUCUGCAUUUUCUUGUGGCUAGAGGUGGGUUUUAUAAUAAUGUCAUGCGAUUGGGGCGAACUAUGGGCAACUACUUAGAUUUAAAAGGCAAACGACAAAAAAUUUUUUGUUGAUUUUUGAUUUUUUCAUGGUAAGAGUACCCUCGGUAUGAUCGGUAUAUUUCUCUGAAAUUUUCACUGUAUGAUCUGCGUACGUCACACUUCAAUUGCUAAAAAUUUUACUUUGAAAUACAGGGUGACAAAUAAAAAAUGCAACUUUUUUUCAUGGGUCCUGCCGCGAAAAUGUUUAGGUGUAGCGAAAUAUUUUUUAUACCAUUAAAUUCUCCGUGUUUUUCUGUCCUAGUCUUUUGAUUUUCAUGCCCAUAUCGAUUGAUUAUCAUCUUUGUAUUGAGUGUCAAACAGAGGGACCUCGAUUUUAAACCUGUCUCGGGAAGAAAAAGGACAGUGUGAGAUUGCUAAACUGCUCGGUGUAGGAAAAUCUGCUAUGCCAAAAGCCACCAAACGAAUCCACGAGCUUGGCCACGAUGUUAAGUGUCCAGGAAAUAGAAGAAAGCGCAUCUUGAACACUUCUGGCAACUUUGAGAUCAUCAAAAAGCGAGUGAAGCAAAAUCUGAUGGUGUCCAUGAAAAAGAUUGCCCGGCAGACCGUCAUCAACACAACAGCUGGUCGAUGAAUGGCCAGUAAUGCACCAUAGCGCAAGCCUAACAAGCUCCAAAAGACCUAGCGCCUCACGGAACACUACAAGCAAGUACGGCUCAAAAAAUGUCGAAAACUCAAGCGUCGCGCCGCAGCUCAGCGAUGAGAGAAGGUCCUGUUCGCGGAUGAGAAGUAUUUCAACAUCGAGCAGGCCUACAACCACCAGAAUUGCAGGAGUUGGACUGUUGAGAGUCAAAAACCGUCCGCCAUUUUUGAACCCAGUAAAAAUCCGACCUCUCAUGGCCUGGGGCAAAGUCUUGCGCCAGCGGCGUGAUAUCCUUGGUUUUCCUUGGUUUUCUUGGAUAAAGGGGCCAGAACCAAACCGAUAAGUCUACCAGCGACAUUUUGUACACCAUCGUGAUUCCGUGGGCUCAGUAGCACUUUGGCGGUUCAAAACAGACACCGUAGCAUGAUUCCCCCAUCAGCUAUAAAGCAAAAAAGACGCAAGGCCAGGAAAGGACCUGUUUUCCCGAUUUUAUGUGGUCUGCGAAAUGGCCGUCUACUCGCUGGAUCUGAAUCCGGUGGACUAUGUUUUUUGUUGAGUUAGAAGCCAGGACCUCUAGUUCACGCCAAAAAAGUUUGGAGCCGCUAAUUGAUUGCUGCGGUAAGAACGGAACCGAUUUCCCCAAAAAAAGCUUCGGCGAAUCGGCCAAAAUUUAAAGUCACGUUUUGAGCUCUAUCUCGGGGCCAAGAACAGCCACCUUAAAACUGGUCGAGCAUACUAUUAACAAUGCUCUAUGUUACUGAUAUUCACCGUUACUUUGGUUAAGUUUGGUGUUUUAGACAAAAUAUGGCCAUAAAUAUGAGUUGCAUUUUUUCUUUGUCACCCUGUAUAAAGGUGCGGCUGAGAUAUUCAACAAUCUUUACCAUCGAGAGAGUACAGUAAACAAAGAGAGACGGUCACUGAGGAAGACUUUUUUGGACUUAUUUUUUGUUUCUGUUUCAAAAUUUGCAAAGAAAUUAUUGUCAAUCCAUCUAUAAAUAAUGAUGAUUUCUGCAAAGACAGCUAAAAAUUUCAUUGUAACAUACGCCAAGGACCAUUUUUCGAAAAAAGUUUUCAGGGGUUCUAACACGCCCAACACAAAUUCAAAUGUACUACGAUUACCCGAAUUUUGGAGCAGAUUGGACUAACGUUACCGAGAUGGAUAACCGAUUACGACGGGGCUUCAUCGAGUUCACAACUAAUGAAACAGUUGUUCAACAACAAUUUUGUAAGCAAAUUUACAUUGCUUUCUAAAGACAAUAUUUUUGUUAAAAAUUUAUACAAAGCUCGACUUUUCAAUUAUUUGUAAUCAAUAUUUACAGUAUUGAUUACUUAUUUUGUAAUUAAUUUUAUACCGUACUUUAGAUCGAGAUAUGUUUAUCAUCCUGUCUUUUCGAACGGAAGAGCCGUUGGGAGCUUCGAGGGACGCGGAAACACAACUGGAUAGAGUUUUGGAAACGACGAAUGGAGAUUUGAGUCGUUUACUGAGCCAUGAACAUUUCGGGAAUCGGCUGGGAGCUCCGAUUGGAGGAUUUUUCUUUCAUGUAAGUUUCAGCUAUUGAUAGUUACAGAGGCAGCCGGGAUAUGAGUAAGGCAGCUGUAGAAGGAAUAACCCCAAAUUUUUUCACGCAAAAUUCCGCAAAAUAGCGCCGUAUAUUGACCCACUUUUACUAGGGAAGUGUACAAACGAACCCUCACCAAAUGGCAAGUGUUAUACACCAUUGGAAAGCCCUUGAAAAAUGGUAAAAGGUACCAUUUUCAUUUUUUGCAGAAUGCCCCAGGGCAAAAAGUUAUAAACGGUUCAUUUGUCCCUUAAGUAGUUGAAAUAUCUGCUAUGGGGCAAAAUGAAUGUUAUUUCAAAACGCUAAAUGGUAAAUAUUGCUACUAGGUUGGCCUAAGAAUCAUUAUGAAGUUUGGCGCUUGCCAGUAAAACCGUUUUACAUAUGAUAUUUACUGGUUUUAAACACCCAUAACGUGAAAAAACACUUUUCACUUUUUUUAAUUUUGAAAAACAUGUAAGUUUGAUGGUUUUAACCGUAAUCGACCGUUUUCUAGAAAAAUUAAAGCGUUUGUAAAAGUUUAAAACGCGUUUUACUACAAAUCGUAGUUUGGCCCGGACAUUGUUAAAAUCGGUGUCUCAGAAUUUAACGAAACUUGGUAGAUUUAAUCACUGCUAGGCAUAGAACAUUCGCUUUCUUUAAUUUUUCCCAAAAUCACCAUAUGACGGAUUACUGUAACUUUCUUCCUCAAAAAAGAUGUGCCCUAAUCGUGAAAACGAAGCUGUAUUUUAGUGCAAAUUGAGUUUAGAUGUAUGUUUUCGACCAUGUUGAACAUUUUUGUAAUUAUCACCAAAAACUAAAAAUUACAUCUAAGUUAUGUUACACUUGAGGCAACAUACCAUUUCGGGUGUAAAAAAUGCAGUUUUGAGGUGACGCAGAUUUUGAAACCGGAAUAUUAAACUUCAAGCCUUGUCUAAUAAACCAUAAAAAUUUCAGAAAAAUCAAAUGUAUAGUUUUUGAGAAAUUGGACAUUGAAUGACUCAUGUGCAAUAUCACCUUGACCCGAAAAAAACUGGCAUUCUUGGGGUUUUGACCUGACGCAGAUUUUGAAAGUUUCCAAUACAUUCUUAGCACAUUUUAGGAGGAUAUGGAAAGUUUCAGAGGAAUAAAAUGUAUAGUUUUUGAGAAAUCGGCCGAAAUACCUUGUUUUAGGUCAUCAGAUGCCCGAAAAAAACUGGCAUUCUUGGGGUUUUGACCUGACGCAGAUUUUGAAAGUUUCCACUACAUUUUUAUCACAUUUUAGGUGGAUUUGGAAAGUUUCAGAGGAGAAAAAUGUAUAGUUUUUGAGAAAUCGGCCGAAAUACCUUGUUUUAGGUCAUCAGAUGCCCGAAAAAAUCUGGCAUUCUUAGGUUUUUGGCUAGGCGCAGAUUUUGAAAGUUUCCACUACAUUUUUAUCACAUUUUAGGAGGAUACAGAAAGUUUCAGAGGAAAAAAAUGAAUAGUUUUUGAGAAAUCGACCAAAAUACCUUGUUUUAGGUCAUCAGAUGCCCGAAAAAAUCUGGCAUUCUUAGGUUUUUGGCUAGGCGCACAUUUUGAAAGUUUCCAAUACAUUUUUAUGACAUUUCAGAAGGAUAUAGAAAGUUUCAGAGGAAAAAAAUGAAUAGUUUUUGAGAAAUCGACCAAAAUACCUUGUUUUAGGUCAUCAGAACACAGAAUCGUAGCCAUCGGCUUACAUUUGACAAAAGUUUUGCAGAGAGCUCGAAUUUAUUAGUGACAAUUUGGAGAAAAAAACAGUAACACGCAUAUAUCUCGAAAAAAAAGAUGCCGAGGAAAAUUGGUCGAAUUUUCCAGCAACUUGACCUAUAACAGGUUCACCUUGGUCGAUAUCUCAAAAACUAUUUUCCUCUGAAACUUUCUAUAUCCUCCUGAAAUGUCAUAAAAAUGUAUCGGAAACUUUGAAAAUCUGCGCCUAGCCAAAAACCUAAGAAUGCCAGUUUUUUUCGGGCAUCUGAUGACCUAAAACAAGGUAUUUUGGCCGAUUUCUCAAAAACUAUACAUUUUAUUCCUCUGAAACUUUCCAUAUCCUCCUAAAAUGUGCUAAGAAUGUAUUGGAAACUUUCAAAAUCUGCGUCAGGUCAAAACCCCAAGAAUGCCAGUUUUUUCGGGCAUCUGAUGACCUAAAACAAGGUAUUUUGGCCGAUUUCUCAAAAACUAUACAUUUUUUUCCUCUGAAACUUUCCAAAUCCUCCUAAAAUGUGAUAAAAAUGUAGUGGAAACUUUCAAAAUCUGCGUCAGAUCAAAACCCCAAGAAUGCCAGUUUUUUUCGGGCAUCUGAUGACCUAAAACAAGGUAUUUCGGCCGAUUUCUCAAAAACUAUACAUUUUAUUCCUCUGAAACUUUCCAUAUCCUCCUAAAAUGUGCUAAGAAUGUAUUGGAAACUUUCAAAAUCUGCGUCAGGUCAAAACCCCAAGAAUGCCAGUUUUUUUCGGGCAUCUGAUGACCUAAAACAAGGUAUUUCGGCCGAUUUCUCAAAAACUAUACAUUUUAUUCCUCUGAAACUUUCCAUAUCCUCCUAAAAUGUGCUAAGAAUGUAUUGGAAACUUUCAAAAUCUGCGUCAGGUCAAAACCCCAAGAAUGCCAGUUUUUUUCGGGUCAAGGUGAUAUUGCACAUGAGUCAUUCAAUGUCCAAUUUCUCAAAAACUAUACAUUUGAUUUUUCUGAAAUUUUUAUGGUUUAUUAGACAAGGCUUGAAGUUUAAUAUUCCGGUUUCAAAAUCUGCGUCACCUCAAAACUGCACUUUUUACACCCGAAAUGGUAUGUUGCCUCAAGUGUAACAUAGCUUAGAUGUAAUUUUUAGUUUUUGGUGAUAAUUACAAAAAUGUUCUACAUGGUCGAAAACAUACACCUAAACUCGAUUUGCACUAAAACUGAGCUUCGUUUUCUCGAUCAGGGCACAUCUUUUUUGGGGAAGAAAGUUACAGUAAUCCGUCAUACGGUAAUUUUGGGCAAAAACAAAGAAAGCGAAUGUUCUAUGUCUAGUGUUGAUUAGAUUGACCAAGUUUCGCUAAAUUCUGAGACACCGAUUUUAACAAUGUCCGCCCCCUGUUAGGCUAACCUCCAAAGUGUUGCAAAACUUGUUUUAACUCAAAUAUUAUCCUAGCUGUAAGAACGCAAAAUUUUUUUGCCCAAGCUGGGAAUCGAACCUGUCUUGGUUUGGCUUAUCAGCCUGCUCAGCAACCACUGCACUAUUGAAGCAACUCUCUUCGAGGAUUUUUAUCUGCUCAAGAGAAAGAAAGAUUUUUGUUGCGAAAUGACCUAAAAAUAAUGAAAUUUACAGUAUGUCGUCGCGGAAAGGCAUUCUGCAAAAAAUGAAAAUGGUGUCUUGCACCAUUUUUCAAGGGCUUUCCAAUGGUGUAUAUCACUUGCCAUUUGGUGAGGGUUCGUUUGUACACUUCCCUAGUUAGACAAAAAAAUCUCGGUUGUUUCUGCAAAGCGCGAGCUAGAAAUCUUACAUGCGACUUCGAAGAAAUUUAUCUGGCUCUGUGAGAAGUCUCAUAAAACUCUGAGCAUCGCAUUUCACGGAUUUGGAAUAUUGAAAAAUUCAAAAAUAUAUAAAUUUUGAAUCUCUUUACAAUGAUUUUCAGCUAACAAGCCGAGGAACGGUGUUUGGCAAACGGAAAGACAACCCCAACAAUUUCGCUCCUGCCACAUCCCUGACCAUUUUUACUGCGAUUUCACUGCCAAUAGGAUUUAUUUUGUUUGUAUGA